CUACUCCCUUAACUUCUUCCCCUUUCGACCUUGUAGGCGAACACCAACCCGAAUCCCCACCCCGAAGGCUUCCUCCCGCGGCGAAACCCUAGCUAGCGACCGGAGCGCUCGGCGGCGGGAGCCAUGGCGGACGACGAUUACAAUGAAGUUGACAUGGGGUAUGAGGAUGAGCCUCCAGAAGCUGAUAUUGAGGAAGGGGUUGAAGAAGAUCCUGAGAACAAUGAGGAUGCCCCUGAUGAUGUGGUAGGGGGUGAAGGUGAAGAAAAGGAACAGGAAAAGACUGCCCGUCCACGCAAUACAACAAAAUAUAUGACCAAAUAUGAGCGGGCACGCAUCCUUGGCACACGUGCUUUGCAGAUAAGCAUGAAUGCUCCAGUUAUGGUUGAGCUUGAGGGUGAAACUGAUCCUCUUGAGAUUGCCAUGAAAGAACUGAGAGCACGCAAGAUCCCCUUCACGAUUAGGCGGUACUUACCUGAUGGAAGCUAUGAGGACUGGGGAGUCGACGAGCUCAUUGUGGAGGACUCGUGGAAGCGUCAAGUUGGCGGGGAGUAGAGCUGGCAGACUGUUGCUGCAACUAAACCUUGCCCUAGUAGCUAUAAUAUGCAAUGUUUAGCACUGAAUUGCUGUGACAAUGUUAUGUUACUGUAACAUGUGUGGACUAUGGCUGCCCACUGUUGUGCUACUAUAAUUCAGUCGCGUGGUUGCAUCA